AGACAUCUCUUUUUUUUUUUUUUUGUUCCCCUCUGCAGAGAAACUCUAUAACUCCAAUGGACGGGACUUGAGGAGGGCUCUGUUCUCCUUAAAGCAAAUCUUUCAGGAUGACAAAGACCUGGUCCAUGAGUUUGUGAUGGCUGAAGGUCUGACCUGUCUCAUCAAGGUGGGAGCAGAGGCUGACCAGAACUACCAGAACUACAUAUUAAGAGCUCUGGGGCAGAUCAUGCUGUACGUGGACGGGAUGAACGGCGUCAUCGGCCACCCGGAGACGAUACGGUGGCUCUACACUCUGGUUGGCUCAAAGUUCCGUCUGGUGGUGAAAACGUCUCUGAAGCUGCUCCUGGUGUUUGUGGAGUACUCUGAAUCCAACACGCCGCUGCUCAUACAGGCCAUCACCUAUGUGGACACAAAGAGAGGCUGCAAAUCUUGGUUCAAUGCUAUGGAGAUCUUGCAGGAGAAGGACGGAGUGGACACCGAGCUGCUGGUCUAUGCCAUGACCCUCAUUAACAAGACACUUGCUGCGCUGCCUGACCAGGACUCCUUCUACGACAUGGUGGAUAGUCUGGAGGAACAAGGCAUGGAGACGGUCUCCCAGAGACACCUGGGAAGGAAAGGCACUGAUCUGGACCUGGUGGAGCAGCUCAACAUCUAUGAGAUGACUCUACGACAUGAAGACGGCGACGACGACAGCCAUCCCCCACCGACUGGAUGCCGGGAUCGUCGGCGCGUCAGCCUCGGCGGAGCGGAGAAACAACGAGGCCUGGAGCGCCGUCGGAGCCGUCGAGCCUCGCUGGGGAGAUCCGGACAGGCCUCCCCCGCCAGCCCCGCAUCCCCACAGAGGGCCGGCUUCCAGCCGUUCAGCGGACACCGGCCGGAGGAUCUGAGUGAGAGAGAGGAGGAAUGUGGCCUAGAGGAGGAGGAGGAGGAGGAGGAGGAAGAAGAACAGACUCCUGUGACUGAAUCUGAUUCCGAUGAGCAGGAGGGGGCUAAUCAGACCACCUCCAGGGCCGCGUGCCCUACAGCCACCGUUCACAGGACCACCCUUCAGUCCAUCACCAUCUCCUCCAGGAAAGGAACUGUGAGGGACAAUGAGCAAAAGAGUCAGACAGAAAUAUCCCCAGCAUCUACUUCUUCAUCCCCUUCCACCCCGACGGCCCCUUCUCCAGAGUCCCCCGCUCUCAGCCCCCCGUCCCAGCCCUCCCUCCUUGCCACCCUGCUGGCCAGGAAAAGGUCCACGGUCACCAUCCCGGCCUCCAAGGAAGUCAGCCCGCCGCUGCGCGGUAGCUCCCGUCCGUCCCCCGACCGUGUGCCCUACCUGCCCCACUCGCCCUUCCACCUCUUCUCGUAUGAUCUGAACGAGGAGCCGGCGCCGUCGUCUCAGGCCAAACGCAGCGAGGGGUCGCCCAAAUCAACGCCUCCCAGGAAUGGAGUCACAUCCUACUCCUCCCUCAGCACCCCAAGUACACCCACAAGCUCAAGGGUAGCAUUAGGGGGACUCCUGUCCUCCUCCUACCGACAGCACCAGGAGUCUCUGGCCGCUGAGCGAGAGCGCCGCCGUGUGGAGAGAGAAGAGAGGCUGCAGAGGAUAGAGCGAGAGGAGAGAAACAAGCAAAGCCGGGACUAUGUGGAUAAAAUGGAAGAGGCUCGGUUUGCGCGGGAGGAGCGGUAUAAGAACGUAGAGCGUCUGGCGGCGGAAGAGUACGACAGGGACCGCGUUCGGGUUUCGAGGACUCGCCCUGACCUCAGCCUGCCCUUUGAACCCUCAGAGGCCUGGCCCUCGUCAUCACGGAGCAGCACGCCAUCAUCGUUCGCCUCCCAGGAAGAAGCAGAAGCUGACCUUGAACCUGAGACGCCAGCCACUGCCUGCACCGCGCUUGAGGCCGGAGAAGCUGACGACUCCAGCGCCGGUGUAGAAACGGAGGAGAAGCCGGCAGAAGCCGCCACGGAGGAAGUGGAAGAGCAGAAGGAACCGGAGGACGAAGAAGCGCAGGACGAAGUUGCAGCGGACAAGGAGGAGGACGCGAAGGAGCCUGAGGAGGAAGCGGAGAAGCGGCGAGAGGAGGAGGUGGAGGAGGACAGCGGCAUCCUUAGCGACAAGGAGCGACAGAAUGAGGAGGUAAACGAGAAGGACAACUGCUCGGCCUCCAGCAUCUCCUCCGCCAGCAGCACCUUGGAGCGGGAGGAGAGGGGGAACACUGACAAUGGCUUUAAGGAGACAGAAGUGAAUGAAAACUGCAACAAACUCCUCGAUAGCAAACUCUUCAUGCUGGACAUGCUGUACUCUCAGAGCACAAAGCCCAGCGCUGAAGAGGAGGAAGAGGAGGAUGUGGAGAAGGUGAAGGAGAAGGGAGAGGGGGAGGAGGAGGACAGGGAGACCCAUCAGGAGGGUAACCUGGAGGACAACGACAAGGAGGACAAGUCUGAAAACCGUGGGAGUAUCCGUCCAUUUGCCGAGCGGUUCGGGGAUCUGGUCAAAGACCUUGGCUCGUCGCCUCUCCAGCUGGACGCCCCGGCCAGCGAGCCCCCUCCACCCCCUCCACCCCCUCCCAAAAAGGAAUCGGACACCAUCUGGGACCAGCUCCUGGCCAGCCCCCGGGAGCUACGCAUCAGGGACAUCAACUUCACCGAUCUGACGGAGGACGACGAAAAGGACAUUCUGGACGCCGUUCUGAUGGGAGGUUGUGGUGACCUCCCCCCUCCGCCGCCGCCUCCGCCCUUCAUCCCGCGCCUUCCUCCACCGCCACCCAUUCUAGGUGGCUGCCCUCCACCCCCUCCCUUAGCUGGGAUUUUAAGGCCUCCACCCCCGCCCAUCUUAAGCACCCCAGCAGCAGCGCCCCCUCCCUCGGAGCCACUUCUCUUCAACAAAAAGAAGAAGACAAUCAGGCUCUUCUGGAGCGAGGUGCGUCCAACAGACUGUCAGUACCAGGACCACAAAUGGAGCGGAGACUCCUUCUGGUCCAAAGUGGAGCCUGUAAAGUUGGAUACAGCCAAACUGGAACACCUGUUCGAGUCCAAAUCAAAGGAAAUAUCCGUAACAAAGAAAACGGCAGCGGAUGGCAAACGUCAGGAGAUCAUCGUCUUAGAUUCGAAAAGAAGCAACGCCAUCAACAUCGGCCUGACAGUCCUGCCUCCCCCUCGCACCAUCAAAACGGCCAUCCUGAACUUCGACGAGUAUGCGCUCAACAAGGAGGGCAUAGAGAAACUCCUGACCAUGAUCCCGACGGAGGAGGAGAAGCAGAGGAUCCAGGAAGCCCAGCUGGCCAACCCCGAUGUGCCGCUGGGCUCCGCAGAGCAGUUCCUCCUCACUCUGUCCUCCAUCAGCGAGCUCUCCGCCAGACUCCAGCUCUGGGCCUUCAAGAUGGACUACGAAGCAACGGAGAAGGAAGUCGCAGAGCCACUGCAGGAUCUGAAGGAGGGAAUGGAGCAGCUGGUGAAGAACAAAACUCUCCGAUACAUCCUCUCCACACUGCUGUCCAUUGGAAAUUUCCUCAAUGGCGUCAAUGCUAAAGGCUUUGAGCUGACAUACUUGGAAAAGGUUCCAGAAGUCAAGGACACGGUCCACAAGCAGUCUCUGCUGCAUCACGCCUGCUCGGCGGUGGUGGAAAACUUCCCAGAGAGCACCGACCUCUACUCCGAGAUAGGCGCCAUCACACGUUCUGCAAAAGUGGAUUUUGAUCAGCUGCAGGAGAACUUGUGUCAGAUGGAGCGUCGCUGCAAAGCUUCGUGGGACCACCUGAAGGUGAUCGCCAAGCAUGAAAUGAAGCCCCAGCUCAAGCAGAAGAUGUCCGACUUCCUUAAAGAUUGCGCUGAAAGAAUCAUCAUCCUCAAGAUCGUCCACCGCAGGCUAAUCAACAGGUUCCAUUCCUUCCUGCUGUAUCUCGGUCAUCCAGCCUACAGCGUGCGAGAGAUCAGCGUCAACCGCUUCAGCAAAAUCCUUAGCGAGUUCGCGCUGGAGUACAGAACAACCAGGGACCGAGUGCUGCAGCAGAAACAGAAACGAGCCGACCACCGGGAGCGUAACAAGACCCGGGGAAAGAUGAUCAUGGACAUGAACACGCCUUCUGAUGAUGAAGAAGAGCGAGAGUGUAGUCGCAACGGUUCGAGUUGCAGUAACAACGGCACCCCUAGUGGCCAAGACAGCGACCAGCUACAGGGCCUGGGCCUGGGCCACACCGAGGAUGCUGUCGAGCACGAGCAAAUGAAGGCUGUGCUGAGAACAAGCCUGACAGGCAGCGACAAAGAGGUCGUCGGAGUGCCAGGACUCAGAACACGGACCAGAUCUCGGCCAGGACGAGGAGGUCGCACCAUGCCUGCAUGGACAACAGCUGUGGAGGACACACAGCCCUGUGGAGAGGAUGCUGCAGAUGAGAUUAUGGAGCGCAUAGUGCGCUCUGCCACACAGGGUCCAGGAACCAGAACACAGCCCAGAGAGAGGAGGAGAUCCAGGGCCAACCGCAAAUCAUUGAGGCGGACUCUUAAAAACGGCCUGACACCAGAAGAAGCUCUGGCGCUGGGGUUGACCGAUUCUCCAGACGCAUAAACAGGGUCACCUCCCUUCACCCUGACCCCCACCUGCCCCCCUCCUCACCUGUCCCCACGUUUGUGGAAAAACGCGGCCGCUUAUGUCAGCGUGAGGCGUCUCUGUCAGCCUUUAGAGUUUUUAGCCCACCAGCAACAAGCCUCUUCAGGUUUUUCACCAGCUGCUAAUAAGGUUUUUGAGUGAAGACGCUGCCAACUUGAUUGCGUGUUUGUUCUCUUUUUUUUUCCUUUCUUUUUUUUUUUUUUGUAUCAAGUACAGAAGCAGGUGCGAGGAAAGACGUGUUCUCUUGAAGACUAGUUAGAGUCCCGGGUACUAUAAUGAAUUAAAUAUGUUGGAUUUAUCCAAAAGUUCUUUUUAAAGAAAUCCAAAGGGAUCAUUUCUGAUUCGUCAAAGCUGUGAAUUUUUGCUGUAAAGCGUUGGAUUGGAAUUUUAAUUUGUUUUUAAACCAGAUUCCAUGUGAUCUCCCUAAAA